GGCCUAAAGGGAUUGGAACGGGCCGCUUGUCGGCUCUGAGACCGGAAAAAACGAGGCAAGGACUGCCGAGCCGGGCGCCGCCAUGACAACCUGUACCGGAAAAGGCGGGGCUGUCCUCCCCGACUGAUCCCUACCGGCACCGGCCACGAGAUCCCACCAUAUCCCACAGGCAGGCGGCCCUGGAGGUCACUGCUCGCUACUGUGGCCGGGAGCUGGAGCAGUAUGGCCAGUGUGUGGCAGCCAAGCCUGAGUCAUGGCAGCGGGACUGUCACCACCUUAAGAUGAGUAUUGCUCAAUGCACGUCCUCCCACCCAAUCAUCCGUCAGAUCCGCCAGGCCUGUGCUGAGCCUUUUGAGGCCUUCGAGGAGUGUCUUCGACAGAAUGAGGCAGCCGUGGGCAACUGUGCAGAGCAUGUGCGCCGCUUCCUGCAGUGUGCCGAGCAGGUGCAGCCACCGCGCUCACCCUCAACUGUGGAGGCAAAGCCACUUCCUGCCUCCUGAGGACUCUGUGAACCACAGGAAAACUGGACACGAGUGACUGGCCACUUGAUGCCCCCAGCACUGAAGAGUGGCCAGGUGGAGUCAUGAGGGGCCUGCAUGUGAGUCUGGCUUCUCUGGACAGCAGGACUCACAAUAAAUAAAGAUUUUGUGUACCAGG